ACUGUUUAUUUAACGUAAACACAGAAUAAGUCGUGAUUUUGCUUUUAAUUACGAGGUCAUGACGAACAGAGGAUGAACCUGCAGUGAUGGUAAUAAAGUAAUGGACGUUGGGUGACCUUCUGGAUGAUUUGUUUAGCGCACACAUUUUGCAUGCAACAUCAUUUGACUCACAAAUGUCCACAUGGGCUGGAAGAGUCACAGCAGGAAGUUCAGCAGGAAGUAAAAAUACAGUACAGGUGAUUCAUGAUAAGUCAUUAAUAUCCCAACAGUAACACCUGAGGAACGCACUGCUGUUGAUCUGGAACUGGAACUGGGUUUUUAGUGCAGUUUCCUUCUCCACAUUAAAUGGAGCUGAUGUGUGGUUGUGUAAUACAUCAAUAACUAGUGAAUCACUUGGCGAUGUGACGUUAGAGGAAACUGAUCAGCUUCAGGGAGGUAACAGUGACUUCACCGCACUGCAGCGUGUUUGGGGUUUCUGCUUGACCCCCUGUCCAAUCAACAGGAGCUAGCACCUGGCGCAGGUACAGAUGACGUCACACAGGGCGGUUCCCUGCGCUCCUGGGGUGGUUUAAGGAGCCGACGCGCGCUCCCGGGAUACUCAGCAUCUUCAGUGAUGGAUCCGAAGCGGAUUAUAGGACAGUGCGCGCCGCUCUUCUUCCUGGCGGUGAUCUUUGACCUGGUCGGUUUCCUCCUGCUGUUGGUGGGUCUGGCCGCGUCCCCGCAGAUCGCAGGGCGCGUGUACGGGGAUUUCCUCGCGCUCACCGGCGCCGUCCUCAUGUUCUUCGGUCUCGGCAUGUGGGUCAUGUGGUACGCAGGGAACAUCGGAGCAGACGGAAAGCGCAUCGGCUUCGGGCGGAUCGCCAGGAAACUGUCGGAGCGCAUGAGCACCGUAAGGUGGAGAGGAGACACCGGGAAAGGUCAGGAAGAUGAGCAGGAGAUGGAGGAGGAGGAGGAAGAGGAUGAUGGAGGGAAGAGCGAGAAAAUUGCGGCUUACACCAAUGAAGCGUUCGAACCUGAGGAUAAGGAGACAGUCUGAGAACAGGUGUAUGUGGAGGUUCACGUGGAGGAUUUGAUGGCGUGUGGAAAACAGACCUCGUGUUUAACUUAUUGUCACUUUAUUUCAAUAUAUUUAUUACUAUGUGAACUGUACAUAGACACACACACACACACACACACACACACACACACACACACACACACACACACACACACAAACACACACACAAACAAACACACACACACAUCACUACAGUAGCAGGUGCACUUUCUGUCUGUGUAGGUUCAGGGGAAGUGUUUGUUUGUUUCUCUAAAGCUUUUUGUUCUCAUGGCUUUAGUGACUGUGUGUGUUGCCUGUUAUUUAUGUGUGUUGCGUGUUCUUUGUGUGUGUUGCAUGUUCUUUGUGUGUGUUGCAUGUUCUUUGUGUGUGUUGCGUGUUCGCUGUGUGUGUUUGUUCUGCAGGUUUUGCUCCAGUGAGAGGAUUUCUCAGUCAAACCGGCCGAGCCUGCAUGCAAACAUGUUUACAUGAGAUUACAUUACACUCCCUCACCAAGACAGAGAGAGAGGGAGGGAGGGAGGGGGGGGGCAGGAAGUCAGAGUGGUCAGACAGGUUUUAAUGAAAAAACCCGUCUUUGGUUUCAGCGUGUGGUGGAAAAUCACCAGCGUUCUCACUUUCAUCACUUUUACUUUUCACUUUAUUUAUCUCUUAAUUUAUUUUUUUAUUUAUUUUGCUCUGAGUCACUGUCACUUUAUCACACACACACACACACACACACACACACACACACACACACACACACACACACACACACACACAUACACACACACUCACACACACGUACACGCACACAACAUGCAUCUCAAUUAUUUCCUUAAAUGUGCAAUGAUUUGUGUAAAUACAUAAAUAUCUUAUUGUUUACAUCAAAAAUAAUAAAUAUAUAAUUAUUUCCA